AUGAUUCUCUUGUGUGUAUAGCGUUUUGGUGUGUUAACUUUGCAAAAAAUAGAUUUUGAUGUUCGCAAACAUUAUGUGUUAAUAGUACUAUCAGUACACUUAUUUUCCAUUUUCUGUCGUGUGUGAACAAUAAAAAUCAUAGAACAACACGGAAAAUCAUACGUUUUAUGGUCUUCCUUAAGGCUUCUAGUUGUUUACUUUUAACCAAAAAAUAAACACUUAAACGUUAUAUUUUGUUUUUUCCGCGCCAUUGAACAGUGAAGAUGUAAGAUAAAUUUUAAAUCGCAAUUCACAAAGAAAGGUCAACUAAAUUUGUAGUGACAUGUAUCGGAUAAAAAGUGUUAUAAUUAAUGAAAUUCAGGAAUGGUAAAUUGAUGAUGAUAAUCGGAAGUCUUGAGAAUACUUAUCAUUUGAUGGAUACGCCUAAUCGGACAACAAAUGACGCCAGUAAUCAGACCAAGAAUGGUAACAAUCCUUUUUCAGAAAGUGUAAUAGUAUGGCUGUACAAUGAAAGUUUAUAUGAGAAUAUCAACCUGCCGUGUGUUAUCUUUUUAAUUGUAUUAGCUGUAUUCGGAAUAUUUGGAAAUUCGCUGGUUUUAUACAUCUAUGGAUUCAGAUUCAAACGGACAAACGCCCAUUUCUUUAUUCUAUGUUUGGCUGUGUUUGACACACUGUGUUGUAUUGCAAUGUUUAUGGAAAUAUUUGACAAGCGGUUUCCUAUGUACACAGGGCGUUAUAGAGUAUUGUGUAAGAUAACUAGAUUAACAGAGAUGUUUUCAACCGUAUCGUCUAGUUUAUUUUUGUUGUGUAUUGCUUUGGAUCGUUAUUAUAAAAUCUGUAAACCGUUUAGGAGAUUUUCAUACAAGAAAGCUAGAAUGUGUUUGCUUGUUUGUAUUGGUAUAAGUUUGGUGCUUUCUUGGCCUAUGCUGCUCUUUCACGGACCCGAGACAGUACAAACCGGGGUCAAAAAUGUUGUUGGUUUAGAUUGUGGAGAUGAUGACAAGUAUAAAAAGUCGAUUUUACCAUCGGUUUACUUUGGAUUUAUGGGAGUUUUAAAUGUCAUUGUUAUAAUUUUACUGUCUUUCAUGUAUAUUCGUAUAUUUAAAGCGAUUUGGGUAUGGAAGAAUCAACAUAUAGGAGAGGAAAUACCCUCAUCACCGGUACAUGUGGUUUCAAUGAAUUAUAGACUUAGUAAAGUGAUAUCUAAAUUUAAAUAUUCAAAAAAGAAACGGUAUAACAGUGAUACCUCUGAAACGUUUUCUGUGGAAAAUAGUGAGAAUACUGACAUAUUUCACCAUCAACAUCCAAAUAACAAAGCCGACACUUCUAAUACCGAGACUUCUGUCAAAGCACACAAUGGGAAUUCAAAAAAUGAACUUUUUCAUAAAAGUAGUUGUCGGCCUAAUAAUUUAAGUUAUAAAAAACAAAACAACAGGCGACAAUCGACGACAAUAGAAGAAGACGAGCAUAGAAAUUACAAGGAUAGAAGACAUUCAACCUUUAGUACAGGGAGCGGUCAUAGUUUAAGGAAGGGCUUUAAAAGUUCCAGGACUGUGACAACAAACACAGUAUUAUUUAGUAUUGUGACGAUUGUUUAUAUAUUUUCUUAUCUUCCUACCAUAUUUGUUGAAACUCUGAACGCUAGUCAUGUUUAUAUCGAAGAAAAUUUGCCAAAUAGAACCCGUAGCGUAUUAGUUAUUAUGAAUGUGACUUAUUUUUUUAACAAUGUAGCCAAUCAGUAUGUGUAUAGUGCCAUAAAUCCUGCAUUCCGACAGCAAGUUAAGCAAAUAUUCACUGGACCAUAACCAGUCAUAAUUUCUUCCCUCCAUUUUUUGUUGUUGAAUGUUUUAAAGGUAACACUGUGAUAUAUAAAAAUUUCAUUUAAACAUUUAUAUUAAAACAUAUAUUUUUCAAAGCUUUUAAAUUUAGUUGCAUGUAUUUACAAAUGAAUGAGUUACUUUGAACGAUGAAGUGUCAUAAUGUUCUUCCACAAUUAUAUGAUAUACGGUAAAUAUUUUGUUCUUUUCGAUUAGUCUACGUCACACAUUUAUGCUCGAGGUUUUAUGUUUCCCAGUAUUAUACUUUUUACACAAUUGUCAACUGCCAAAAACAGGACACAACUGUGUUAAUUGAUUAUAAAUAUAUGAAACAUAUCUGUGAAAUGUUUUGUGAUCACAUCACGAUUUUGCUACUUUUGCAAUAUGAUAUGUACUAGUAAUACAGAAAGGUAUGACAAAGAAUUGAAAUCCAGCAUUAGGCGGUUACCUUAAAGUAAUUGCAUUAUAGUUAUUGGUCUAGUUUGCUUUGAAAACAGAUUGACACCCACUCUAAAGUUUAAGCCUAAUUGAGACCUUCCAUGUCGGGUGCAAGUAAAUUAAACUGUUUCCUCCUUGUCAAAUUACUUUAGACACUGUUUUAAUUAUAUGUUGUUUAAUAAAAAAAAGAAUUGA